UCUCCUUCUCUUGUUCGCAAGCUUCCGUUACAGUUUCAGAUUUUUGUGACCGUGUCGCGCCUGGUCUGGGAUUGCAACCAUUGUCAAUCGCCGCCGAGAAAUGGCGAAAGCGCCUGAAAGAGAGCAUCCGGUGAAGGCCUUUGGUUGGGCUGCGAGAGACAAUUCUGCAGUCUUCUCUCCGUUCAAGUUUUCCAGGAGGGCGACUGGCGAGCACGAUGUGCAGUUCAAAGUUAUGUACUGUGGCGUCUGCCAUUCGGAUCUUCAUAUGGCCAAAAACGAUUGGGGAUUCACUCAGUAUCCUUUGGUCCCUGGGCAUGAGAUUGUCGGGGUGGUGACUGAGGUAGGUAGCAAGGUGAAGAAGGUGAAGGUAGGCGACAAUGUCGGAGUUGGAUGCUUGGUAGGAUCGUGUCGUGAAUGCGAUCGAUGCAGGAAUGAUCUGGAAAAUCACUGCUCCAAAUUCAUAAUGACUUACAGCUCCUUCGACACUGAUGGCACCAUCACACGCGGAGGUUACUCCGACACCAUGGUCUCAGACGAGCAUUUCGUCAUCCGUUGGCCUGAGAACUUCCCCCUCGACGCCGGAGCUCCUCUCCUCUGUGCCGGAAUCACCACUUACAGCCCCUUGAGGCACUUCGGGCUCGACAAGCCCGGACUUCACGUUGGCGUGGUUGGUCUUGGCGGGCUCGGACAUGUUGCUGUCAAAUUUGCCAAAGCUUUCGGAACUAAGGUGACUGUUAUCAGUACUUCAAUUAGUAAAAAGAAGGAAGCGAUCGAAAUUCUUGGCGCUGACGAGUUUUUGGUUAGCAAAGACUUGGAGCAAAUGCAGGCUGCAGCAGGUACGUUGGACGGCAUCCUCGACACUGUAUCGGCAGAUCAUCCUAUGGCGCCACUGCUGAGUCUUUUAAAGCCCGAUGGAAGGCUCGUUUUGCUCGGAGUUCCUGGAAAGCCUUUGGAAUUCCCGGCUUUUGGGGUUAUUGCGGGCAGGAAGUCGAUAUCGGGGAGCGGGAUUGGAGGGUUGAAGGAGACUCAAGAGAUGAUCGAUUUUGCGGCGAAACACAACAUACUGCCGGAUGUCGAGGUUAUACCCUUCGAUUACGUGAAUGCUGCCAUGGAACGGCUGGAGAAAGGCGACGUCAAGUAUCGGUUCGUGAUCGAUGUCGCGAAAACGUUGAAACCCGAGUGAAGGUUGAGAUUUUAUGAUAUGAUACGAUACGAUAUUUUGGUUUGGAUUUUGCGAUAAUAAUAAUAAGAAGAAGAAAGAAAAACAAGAUACUCUGUUAGCACUAUUCUGUAUUUGAAUCCAUUUUCUGUUUGUUGUUGGCUGAUUAAACUCUGGAUAAUAUAGUGAAAUCUUGGUUUGUUA